AGGCGGGACUGGGGGUGCCUGCGGGAGCCGCCGCCGCCGCCGCCGCCGCGGAGGAGGAGGAGGUGGCUUCCGCGGCCGCCGAGAAGGCCCCUGCUGAAGGCGGGCGCGGGGCGGGGGCGCGUGCCGAGAGGCGGCCGCUGCGGGAGCGGAGCGGCGGGCGCGGCGGGAGGAGGGACUGAGCGGCGGCGGCCCCCGCGCCCCGGCGCCUCCAUGGGGAAAGCAGACAAUGGAUUAUGAUUUCAAGGCGAAGCUGGCGGCGGAGCGGGAGCGGGUGGAGGAUCUGUUUGAGUACGAAGGGUGCAAAGUGGGACGCGGCACCUACGGGCACGUCUACAAGGCGCGGCGGAAAGAUGGAAAAGAUGAAAAGGAAUAUGCACUGAAGCAAAUUGAAGGCACGGGAAUAUCCAUGUCGGCAUGUAGAGAGAUUGCACUUUUGCGGGAAUUGAAGCACCCUAACGUGAUCGCGUUGCAGAAGGUGUUCCUUUCUCACAGCGACAGGAAGGUGUGGCUGCUGUUCGAUUACGCGGAGCAUGAUCUGUGGCAUAUUAUUAAGUUUCACCGUGCAUCAAAAGCAAAUAAAAAGCCCAUGCAGUUACCAAGAUCUAUGGUUAAAUCAUUACUUUACCAGAUUCUUGAUGGUAUCCAUUACCUCCAUGCAAAUUGGGUGCUUCACAGAGAUCUGAAACCAGCAAAUAUCCUAGUAAUGGGAGAAGGUCCUGAGAGGGGGAGAGUCAAAAUAGCGGACAUGGGUUUUGCCAGAUUAUUCAAUUCUCCCCUGAAGCCUCUGGCGGACCUGGAUCCAGUAGUUGUGACUUUUUGGUAUCGGGCUCCGGAGCUUUUGCUUGGUGCGAGGCAUUAUACAAAGGCCAUCGAUAUAUGGGCAAUAGGUUGUAUAUUUGCUGAAUUGUUGACUUCAGAGCCUAUUUUUCACUGUCGUCAGGAAGAUAUAAAAACAAGCAACCCCUUUCAUCACGAUCAGUUAGAUCGGAUAUUUAGUGUCAUGGGAUUUCCUGCAGAUAAAGACUGGGAAGAUAUUAGAAAGAUGCCCGAGUACCCUACGCUUCAGAAGGACUUCAGGAGAACAACGUACGUCAACAGCAGCCUCAUCAAGUACAUGGAGAAGCACAAGGUGAAGCCUGACAGCAAAGUGUUCCUCCUGCUUCAGAAACUCCUUACCAUGGAUCCGACCAAGAGAAUCACAUCAGAGCAGGCUCUGCAGGACCCCUACUUUCAGGAGGACCCCCUGCCGACGCUGGAUGUGUUUGCUGGCUGCCAGAUCCCAUACCCCAAACGAGAAUUCCUGAAUGAAGACGAACCCGAGGAGAAGGGUGACAAGAACCCGCCGCCGCCGCCGAACCAGCACCAGCCGCCCGCAGGUGCGCCUGGCCCACCGGUCCCCACGCAGAGCAGCGCGCAGACUAACGGAGCGGGGGCGCUGCCCAGUCAGGACUCUGGCCUGGGCCCCGGGCCCCCCAAGAAGCCGCGGCUCGGGCCGUCGGGGGCGAGCUCAGGCGGACCCGCCGCGCCGCCCGACUACCAGCACUCCGGUUCUCGCCUGAGCUACCAAGGCAGCGCCCAGGGGUCGUCCCAGUCGCAGAGCACCCUAGGCUACUCCUCGUCUCAGCAGGGCGCGCAGUACCACCCCGCCCACCAGGCCCACCGGUACUGAGCCGCCCCGCCCGGAGCUCCCGCUCCAGCCGCGUGACGUCUGCUCUGAACAGAACAGGAACGCAGGCCGGGAGGCCGUGCCAAGCGCCCGCGCCCAGGAGGCGCACUGGACGCCGCCCUCCCUUACCUACUUGGGGGAGAGUUUCGCGAUGCUUCCCGGGACCCUCCUCUGCGUGUGUUCCGCCGUGACCUCUCUGACGAAGCGUCUGAUCUAAUCCCAGCACUUCCGUGACCUUCAGCAUCUUUUGGAAGAGUUUCCUGGUGCACCUUUCUCAUGCUGUAGCAAUCACUCUGAUACGUCUUUUCAAAGCUCUUUUAAUAGGAUUUUAAUGUUUUAGAAACAGGGCUCCAGUGGUAUAUAGUUUUAUAUGUCAAGAACCAAUUGAGCAACAUAGGUAAAAACACCUUUUCAAGCACUAUGUUCCUUUCGGAAACAGUUACUGCUUUGCUCGCGGAAGUCUUAACGAGGAGCUGUCGCCGUCCCAAAGUACGUUGGCUGUUAGGUUUCUGUUUACCUAGUUUCAGGGAAGGCCUAAUGAAAAGACACAUGGCGGGGCAGAGGGGCCUCCACGCCAGACAGCCCAGAUCUUUGCAGUUACUCUGCUUGGUGCUAUGAAGACCUGAAGCAUGUGCUGGUUUUAUCUAGUCGUCCAUGGGGAGCUCAGUUCCCAGCAUCAUCUUAUUCUGAAGAGUAUCAGCAGCUAAAGAUAAUUUUAACCUUCGUGUAGCGACAUCUACCUUAAAAAGGGUUUGAGCGCUUUGGCGACAGAGGCCCCUGGUGGCCACAGAAGGCUGACGUGGCCACUUACCUGCGCCAGGACUUUGUAGGAGUGAUGUGGUCAAAGGAGGUGCUGCUUCCCUUUGAAGGAAGAGCUUUUCGUGUGUGUCGUACAUAACGAUGGCUUCUCUAAAGAGCUCUUGGUUUCUUCACAUCUGGGUUAGCUUGAGUAACUCCUUACGUAAUCAAGAUACUCAAAUAGAAGCCUGCAAAUUAAUCUGCUUUUAAUCAAGAGCAGUGUUCUCCAUUCAUAUUUGCAUUAGACAUAGAGACUAUUUUUAAAGCAUGUUAAAAAUGUAGAUUUUAAUCCUGUGUAAAGUAUGUAUUAUGUAUGCAUAAUUUUGCCGUUACUGAAAUUUAAUUCUAUCAAGAAUCUUUUCAUUGCACUGAAUGCUUGCUUUUGCCCUUAGGAGAAAAUGUAAUAAUUGUGCCUAAAAAGCUGUGGGCGGAUAGUAUAAAACUGUACUAGAAAAAGUGCGAUUUGCGUUUCCGUGAUCUGUGAAUUAGAGGCUGAGUUCUUAGCCAGGGCAAGGAACCCCUCACUCCCCAGAGUCACAAGGAAAUGUAAAGACUGUGCUCCCACUGGACCAGAAGGGGCAACAAUUGGUGUUCUUGGAAUGCUACUAGCAGCACCAGCCUUGUUUUAAACGUUUUCUUGAGCUAGAAGAAAUAGUUGACUAUUGUAUAUGCAAGUUAUAUGCAUUUUUUUAACUCUUCGUUGUGAACUUAUCUACCUGGUUAUGAUACUCUGGGUCCAUACACAAGUAAAAUAAGAUUUUCAGACAGAAGCCAGUAUACACUUUGCACUAUUGAUGUAAUACUAUAGCCAGCAAGGACCUUACUUUUCUCAGCAUAAUAAUGCUAUUGAUGAUAAAGACCCUCUGCUGACACUCACCACCACUGGAUGUGAGACAGUGGAUGUGCCCUGUUGGGAGGCAUUUCUGAUUGUCUCCAUGGUAAUUUGCCCCUUCUAUUUCUUAAAAUGAGAAAUGAAAAGCCCUCUGCAUACGGAGCUCCCUGUGUGUGAAGUUCCCCCUGUGCUCUGAAGCCUCCCUGCCCAGGUUCCUGGUCCCCAGCUGCUCCCUGUGCCCCCUCCAGGUGCCCAGGGCAUGUGAGUGGAAGGCAUGUGAAUGCAGACGCACGUCUGUCCUUUGGAGCCUGUGAUCGAGGCCGAGGUGGGAGGCUCUCCCGGGACGGUUGGCCUACAAGUGAAACAGUCCUAGAAUGCGAAGUUCCUUUUGUUCACUUCUAAACCCACUUGUGUAGAGUCACUGUUCCAGCUUCUCUCUACUAAACCGUGUUACGGAGAGGUUUCUGUUUAUCUACCUUUGAGAAAGCCAGCAGUUAGGUAUCAGGACAGGCAUUCAUGUGUAUUUGGAACACCCACGGCAGCCCUUCAACAGCUGGUGGCCCCGGUGGGCAGACCACACUCUUCCAGGUUGGUCGUAGGAAAUUCUAACGGACAUAGAGGCUCUGUUCCUGCCCUCUUGGGGGGCUUACAUUUGAUAAAAAAACCCAAGCCCGUGCAGGAGCCGAAAUGCCGUGGCUCAUGCCUGACACUCCCAAGCGGCUCUGCUCGCAGAGCUGCAGCGCCAGGUUCUGCCACGGGACCCCUGCCUCCCUCCUGCACGGUGGGCUGUGGGCCCGUGACAGGAGCUGCUGGGGGCUUUGUCAGCUGCCCCUGGGUCCCGUGCUCGCGGCAGAGCCAGCAUCCCAUCCCCGCUGCACCCCGGGUGGGUUUCUGGUUGCUGGUGGGUCCCGGCCCUUCUCUCCUGAGUUCUUGCCUCGGACUUGGUGGUGCCCAUUACCCUUUGGAAUAAUUUUGGUUCAUUAUUUCCUUUUCUCUGUGAAGGGGAACAAAACCUUUAACACCUUACGGGCCCUAAACUGCAGGACCUCAAAGAAGACCUGUAAAGCCUGGUCAUGUUAAAAUGUACCUUUGUGGUCCCCAAAAGACAUUUCUCUUUGAGAGUUUAUUACUGUCACAUCUCCUGAGAACAGAGGGGGGCAUCCUGUAGUCUGUGGGACCCCGAACCAGGGGAGGCCAUCGAAGGAAAGAAGGUGUCAGGGUGAAGGGUUUCUGCUCUACCCACCACAGAUCAUUUUUCGAGUGAGCUUGCUGGUGAGGUGUGUGUGUGGUCCAAGGGCAGCGGAGCCCGAGGGAGGGCAGCCAGGUGGCGGGGCUGACGCCGUGGGGCAGACACAGUCCUUGUGGUGAAGCAUGUCAUGUGGGAACACACGUGCAAAGCCAAGGACCUGUAGGUUUAAACCCAUAUGAUUUUAAAACUUUAGUACUUAGACUUUUGGCCUUCUGCACUAGUUUUUUGCUCUUAUAAAUGUAAUUGACAUUUAGGAAUAGAGGGGUGAUGUUUACCUGUGUGUGUUCACUGGCUUGUGUCCCUGGUGAAGCAACUUAGCUGUAUGCCUUGAAAAUGUGCCGUUUUCUCUGCUAAAUGUAAAAGAAAUAGUUGGGCAAUAAGUACUGCAGCUCAGUCUGCUCUGAGUACAUUUAUGUAGCAGAAACUAUACAAUGAAGGAAGAAUUCUGUGAACGUUGCAAAUCCUAAACUCAAUGAUGUUACCUUCCUAGGGGAUGGAGGAAGGCAGUGAAAUGACAGACUAUAGGAGGCUUGAAGGAUUCAAGUAUAACAAGUAUUUUAUAUAAAACAAAGCAGUUUAGGUCCCCAGGAUCUUCCAUAGUCACAAUUAUAAAGCAAAGUUCGUUGUUUUAGGAUUUUAAAAAACUGUGUUGUACCUAAUGCCAUACUUAUCUUCUAUGCUAUCACUGCAAAGGGGUGAUGUGUAUUAUAUGAAAAAAAUCCUAAUGCACUGUUAUCUCCUAAAUAUUUAGUAAAUUAAUACUAUUUAAUUUUUUUAAAGAUCUGUCUGUGUAGACACUAAAAGUAUUACACAAAAUCUGGACAGAAGAUGUCCUUUUUAACAACAAUUUAAAGUACUUUUUAUAUAUGCCAUGUAGUUUAUCCUUUCUAAGCGGCCUAGUUUGUAGAUCCCAUAACUCCUGUUGUGAUGUGUGCCCGUGGCUGUCUCCCUCUCCC